CAUAUAUACCAUAUACCAUGGGACAGUAAAAAUAAAUCAAUCCAACAAUUCACGUCACCCGUUAUAGUGUCUGAUGACAUAUUCGAUUGUGUUGACACGUUUAUAAAAUAGCAUUAAUAUGGACGGGCAACUAUUGGAACCAUCUCUGUACACCAUCAAGGGAAUGGUAAUCUUGGACAACGAUGGCCACCGAAUCUUAGCAAAGUACUACGAUAAAAAUAUAUUCCCAACCUCUAAGGAGCAGAAGGCCUUUGAAAAAAAUUUAUUCAACAAAACUCACAGGUCUAAUACUGAAAUAAUAAUGCUUGAUGGAUUAACGUGCGUUUAUCGUAGCAAUGUUGAUUUGUAUUUUUAUGUCAUGGGAAGUUCUUACGAGAACGAACUGAUCCUGAUGACGGUGUUGAACUGUCUGUAUGAUUCAAUCAGCCAGAUCCUGAGAAGGAACGUUGAAAAACGGGCUGUCUUGGACAGCUUGGACAUCGCCUUGCUCGCCAUGGACGAGAUUUGUGAUGGAGGAAUCAUCCUAGAUGCUGAUGCUGCCAGUGUCGUUGGACGAGUCGCGCUCAGAACUGAUGACAUUCCACUGGGAGAGCAAACAGUCGCUCAGGUACUCCAAUCAGCCAAAGAGCAACUCAAAUGGUCGUUGCUUAAGUAAAAUAUUUAUAAAUAACUAAUUCGAAAUAUUAAGUGUAAUUUUUAUUCUAAUCUUUUUCGGUUAAUUUUUAGUUUUAUUAU